AUGCAGAUGUAUGUUGUUAGAGCAUACAUUUUGUAUGUAAUUGGUUCAAUUUUUGUAACUAAUACGAGCCUUUCAGUAACCUUUGAUUUCCUCCCCCUUCUGAAAAACUUGGAUGAGGUAAAUGACUAUGCAUGGGGGGCUGCUGUAUUAGCAAAUCUACAUAAUGGUUUGAGGAAAGUAAAUGUGAGACUUGCUGUUGACCUCACUGGGGCACCUGACUUAAAAAUUUCAAUGACACUUUUUCUAAUGAGUGGGUGGAUAAAUUUGUACAUAGGCAAACUUUUCAAGAACAAGAAGAAAGCUGCAAAAACUGUGUCAUUCAACAUUCGAGCUCAAAGUCUUCUUGCUGAAGAUGGUAUCCCAUUUCCCAAAAUUUUUGUUUUGUUUUGUAGAUUAUUUGGCGGCCUUACGAGUCAAGGUGCCAGUCAUCGACAUGGGUUGGCUCCCAAACAAUUUGGGAUUGAAGAGGCUCAGCUGGUUGGGGGCUUACUGCAGAUCCAUUCAAGGAAAGGACGCUUAAAUCCAGAAAGAAGUUGGGCAGCGGUUUAUGAACUUGUACCUUUUGUAACUCCUUGGGAAUAUAGGUUUAACAAUAUGAUCGAAGACAUUGGAGGGUUGGUAGAUACUGUUUUCGUAUUCUCUGGGUUGGAAAAAUGCUCGAUCCCCCGCAUAUGGAAAGAAGGGGGCAUUUAUAGAAGAAUGAAGAUCAACCUCGGGAAUUGUGUUGAUAGGAGUAUGGGUAGAAUUGUAGGCGGAAAAAUAGUUCAUGAAGUGGCGCUCUCACGUGCAAGCGCCAUUACUAUAUUGGCGCCUCUACACGACCGCCAACACAAUAAAGAUGCCUUGAAACCUAGUUCUUGUUUGUUAGGGAAGGAUUGCUAUGAACAGGAAAAGUAG